AUGUCGCGCCAGAGACCUUCUUCCUCGCAAAGUGUUCUUUCCGCAGACCGGCUACAAACAAAACCCCAACUCGAGAACGGCCAGCGACUCGAUUCGACGCCUAUCAACGUAUCACAAACAAAUCCCGAUGCUAAAGUACCGGCACCGAAUACCACUGCUCCUGCUCCUGCUCCUGCUCUAGAAGAUGAAACUUCGGGUUCUUCAAGACGGGAUGCGAAGGGGAAGGGGAAGGCGGAAGACCACCAGGAUGGCUGGUUUUCUCGUAACGUAAUAGCGAGGUUCGGAUCUUUGAGUCUCGAAAAUAAGGGUUCGGUCGCCAGGGAUCAUCUAGCCCUGGAGCGCACGUUCCUAGCAUGGCUUCGGACAUCACUUUCCUUCGCCUCGAUCGGCAUCGCAGUUACGCAGUUGUUUAGGUUAAACUCAGCCAUGGAAUCUUCAGAUCCCGCCGUAGAGAAAGGCGCAAUGACUUUGAGACGUAUGGGGAAGCCCCUCGGAGCAACGUUCCUCGGGAUCGCUAUCCUUGUGUUACUCAUCGGUAUUAAUCGGUAUUACGAAAGUCAGAAUUGGUUGCUCAAGGGAAAGUUCCCCGCGAGCAGAGGUUCCAUCAUAUUCUUAACCGUUAUCGCUGCUGCUUUGAUCAUAUGUUCCUUAUCAAUCAUUCUCGCCGUCAACCCUUCAGUUGUCAAGGUUUAG